AUGGCCAUCAUAAAAUCAAACUCUGUUUCAGUGUCAUUAUUCUUGGCUAAAGAAGCAGAAAUGAAAGCCCUCAAAACCCAGUAUGAAUCUCUAAAAAAGCAAUUUUUUCAACGAGAAUCAUACCCUACGGGGCCUCAGUCAACACUCUUUGGAGCAAAUACACCAUCAGUACCAUGGCAGUUCUCAACCAUGCCAAAGACCUCUCCAACAUCAUUCUUCUCAGUCUCUUCGCAAGAAGACUCACUUCUCCGACUUAGACGAAUGCUUGACAAAAAUCAACAACAAAAAACCGAAAAGGGGAAGAAAAAGGAAAGCCUAGACAAUUCUCCUCCACGAGCAUCCUUCCUAUCCGAAAAAGAGCCAAAGCAAUUCAUGGCCCCACAUAAUCCUAUUUCUGCCAUGCUCCACCAACCAGAUGAAGAAUUUGAUAGUCAGUCUUCUUCUUCUUCUUCUGACCAAGAAGAAAAUUCUGAAGAGAGUUCUGAAACUUGGUCACAAGAUUCAGAUACUAGUAACGAGUCCCAAGAUUCGAGUACUAGUGACGAGUCUAAAGACUCAGAUACUUCUGAUGAUGACGUACCCCCUUAUUUUAUGGCUCAAUCUGCAGAAGAAGCAUACUCUCAAACCGAGCCUAUUGUCAAAAGUUAA